AUGUCGGACGAUGAAGAUUGGUCACCAUCCUCAGAUGAGGAGAGUGAAGAUGAUUAUGUGAGCGAGGAUGAGAAACCAAAGAAGAGGAAGGCACCAGCAGCUAAGAAGACAACGUCAGCUGCAACAAAGAAACCUGCUGCUGCUGCAAAGAAGGCCACAACCACAACAACAAGAAAGAAGAAGGCAGUGGAUGAAGAUGAUGAGGAUGAAGAUGCCGCUCCAAAGAAGAAGAGAGCACCAGCAGCCAAGAAGACCACGACAACAACAAAGAAGAAGACGGCAGUUGAUGAUGAUGACGAUACAUUUAUAGUGGAUGACGACGAAGAUGACGCACCACCAAAGCCACAACCAAAGGUCAACAUCACCAAGGGCAAGAACAAGACGGUCGAAGAGACCUACCAAAAGAUGGAGCUGCUCGAUCAGAUCCUGCUGCGUCCCGAUACCUACAUCGGCUCGACCGAGAAGCAAGAGGAGGAGCUGUGGAUCUGGGAGGACGAGCGCAUGGUCAAGCGCAAGACCACCUUUGUACCCGGCCUCUACAAGAUCUUUGACGAGAUCCUGGUGAAUGCCGCCGACAACCUCCAGCGCCCCGUGCCCGAAGGCAAGAAGAAGAUGAAGAAGAUCGCCGUCGAGAUCGACGUGGCCACCAACCGCAUAUCCGUCUGGAACGACGGUCCGGGCAUCCCCGUCGAGAUGCACAAGAAGGAGAAGAUGCUCGUGCCCGAGCUCAUCUUUGGCCAUCUGUUGACCAGCUCCAACUACGACGACACGGAGAAGCGUCUGGCCGGUGGUAGGAACGGCUUUGGCGCCAAGCUGGCCAACGCCUUCUCGACGCGGUUCGAUGUGGAGUGCGCCGACGCCGACAAUGGCUUCCUGUUCCAGCAGACGUUCAAGAACAACCUCAAGUCAAAGAAUGAGCCAGUCAAGACCAAAUACACAAAGAAGACCGACUACACACAGAUCACGUUCUAUCCCGACCUCUCCAAGUUUGGCAUGCUGAGUCUGGGCGACGACGACAAUGUGGCCCUGCUCACCAAGCGUGUGUACGACGUGGCCGGCUGCAACCAAGGCCUGACGGUCACGCUCAAUGGCAAGGACAUCUCGUUCAAGGACUUCAAGAGCUACAUCAAGGUCUACUUCAAGUCGGUGGACAAUGCGCCCGAGGUCUACUAUGAGCGCGUCAACGAACGUUGGGAGAUCGCCAUCGCCCUGUCCAUGGAAGGCCAGGCCAACCAGGUCAGCUUUGUCAACUCGAUCUGUACGCCCAAGGGAGGCACGCACGUCACCCAUGCGCUGGGCGACGUCAUCACAGAAAUUGGCAAGGCCGUCGCCAAGAAAAACAAGGGUGGCAUGGAAGUCAAGCCGGCCUUCAUCAAGAACCAUAUCUUUGUCUUUGUCAACUCAUUGAUUGAGAACCCUGCCUUUGACUCGCAGACCAAAGAGACACUCAGCAGCAAGAUCACAUCAUUCGGCUCAACAUGCCAUCCAUCUGCCAUAUUCCUCAAGAAAGUCGUCGACCCCAAGUCUGGUAUCGUGGCUCAGAUUAUAUCAUACGCCAAGCAUAAGGAUGACCUGGCAAUGAAGAGAUCGACCACAGUGGUCAAGAAGGGCAAGGUUAAUAUACCAAAGCUGGACGAGGCUAAUAUGGCAGGAACUGCACACUCGGAGGACUGCACACUGAUCUUGACAGAGGGAGACUCGGCCAAGACGCUGGCCGUCGCAGGAAUCAGUGUUGUCGGAUGGGACCACUACGGUGCCUUCCCGCUCAAGGGAAAGUUGCUCAAUGUGCGCGAUGUCGAGCAGCGCUCGGUGAUUGCCAACGAAGAGAUCAACAACCUCACCACCAUCAUCGGUCUGCAACAUGGCAAGGAGUACGAUGACGUCAAGUCGCUGCGCUACGGUCACGUGAUGAUCAUGACUGAUCAGGAUCACGACGGCUCUCACAUCAAGGGUCUGCUGAUCAACUUUGUGCACCACUUCUGGCCCUCGCUCCUCAAGAUCGACGGCUUCCUCGUGGAGUUCAUCACCCCUAUCAUCAAGGUCAGCAAGAAGGGCAGCAAGCCAAUCAGCUUCUUCACGAUCCCCGAGUUCCUCAAGUGGCGCGAGGCCAACAACGGCGCCAAGGGCUACGAAAUCAAGUACUACAAGGGACUGGGAACCAGCAAGCCCGAGGAGGGCAAGGAGUACUUCAGCAAGAUCGAGUCACACAAGAUCGACUUCUCAUGGGACGAGACGGCCGACGACGCCAUCGACAAGGCCUUCAACAAGAAGCGUGCCGACGACAGAAAGAAGUGGAUGGAGGAGUUCACGCCAGGCACCUACCUCGACCAGUACGGCACCAAGUCAGUCAGCAUCACAGACUUUAUCGACAAGGAGUUGAUCCUCUUCUCGAUUGCCGACUGUGAGCGUUCGAUCCCGUCGGUGGUGGACGGCCUCAAGACAUCGCAGCGCAAGAUCCUGUUCUCGUGCUUCAAGAGAAACCUCAAGAAGGAGAUCAAGGUCGAUCAGCUGAUUGGAUACGUGGGCGAGCACAGCGCCUACCAUCAUGGCGACCAGAGUUUGGCGCAGGCCAUCAUUGGCAUGGCCCAGAAGUAUGUUGGAUCGAACAACGUCAACUUCCUCUACCCCGGUGGUGGCUUUGGCAGUCGUCUGAACGGAGGCAAGGAUUCGUCAGCGCCUCGUUACAUCACGACCAAGUUGCAGACCAUCGCCCGUGCCCUCUUUUGCGAGCAGGACGACGCUUUGCUCACACAGCUGACCGACGAUGGCAAGCGUGUCGAGCCCAGAUGGUACAUGCCCACCAUCCCAACCAUCCUGGUCAAUGGCAGCAAGGGUAUUGGUACGGGUUGGUCGUCCACCAUCCCCAGCUACAACCCACGCGACCUCGUUGAGAACAUCAAACGUAUGCUCAAUGGUGAGGAGCCCACGGCCAUCAUGCCAUGGUACCGUGGCUUCCGUGGAACGGUCGAGUACGUCGGUGGCAAGACAUCCAACUACGUCGUGCGUGGCACUUGGAAGAAACUGGAUGAGUAUCGCUUGGAGAUCACCGAGCUGCCCAUCGAGUACUGGACCGCCGACUUCAAGGAGCUGAUACAACAUCUGAUCGACCCCGAGCAAAAGCAGAAGCUCAAGGAGACCAAGAAGAAGCUCAAGGACUUCAAGGCAGGCAAGGUCGCAACAACCAAGGUGACCAAGGCCAGAAAGACCAAGAAGAAGGGCGACGACGAGAGUGAUGAUGAAAAGCCAGGCAAGAUAUCUCAGCCCAUCGUCAAGUCCAUGUCCAACCAAGGCACAGAGGACUCGAUCCACUUUAUUAUCGAGACUGUGGUGCCUGUCGAUGAGCUUGACGUUGUCAAGGUGUUCAAGCUCGAGUCCAAGCUGGCCGAGACCAACAUGACUGUGUUUGACGAGAAUGGCAAGAUCAAACAGUUCGCAACACCAAUCGAGAUCCUCAGGUACUUCUUCGAUCUUCGUAUGCAGUACUAUCAGAAGAGAAAGGACUACCUCUGUGACAAGCUUGGCGAAGAGUUUAGCAGGCUCUCCAACAAGGCGAGAUUCAUCCUUGCAGUUAUCAACAAGGAGUUGAUCAUCUCCAACGUCAAGAAGACAGACCUCAUCAAGAAGCUGAAGGAGAUGAAGUUUGAUCAGUUUGUAGGCAGCGCUUCAAACAAGGCCAAGUCGAAGCUGAAAAAGUCCAAGUUGGAGAAGGAGGAGGAGGAGUUGGCCGUCGAGUCAGAGAAUGAGGAGGACGAGGGCGAGGACAAGAUGGAGUUGGACAACGAGUCCAAGGGCUACGACUAUCUCCUCUCGAUGCCAUUGUGGUCCUUGACACUGGAGCGUGUUCAAAAGAUCCUCAAGGAGCGCGAUGAGAAGAAGGCCGAGCUGGACGCCACCAAGGCAACAGCAAUCUCCAAGAUGUACAUGGAUGACUUGGACUUGCUCACAGAAGAGCUCGACAAACAAGACCAUGAGGAUUCAGAGCUGAGAAAGCAGGGCGAGCACUUUAGGAAGAUAUCCAAGGGAAAGGGCACAUUGGCAAAGGCAAAGAAGAGAAAGGCUGCCCCAAGGAAACCUGCCAAGAAGGACUCUGAUGACGACUAUGAACCCCCAGCGCCUGCAAAGAAGACGACAAAGGCUGCUGCUGUUGCACCAGCAGAGCCCAAGACCACUGGCAAGAGAAAGAAGGAUGAUGAGCCUACGACGACCACGACCGCCAAGAAGAUCGACUCGUACUUUACCAAGGUUGCCCAGCAAUCCAUCAAUCUGGAUGAUUCAAUGGACCUGGACAAGGAUGACGACGAUGAUGAUGUGGACUUUGUACAGCCCGCCAAGAAGACCAAGGAGACAGUCACCAAGCCAGUCCCGCCCAAGUCCAAGGCUGCACCCAAGGCCACAACCAAGAAGGCUGCUGCUGCCACCACCAAGAAGACCACAAAAAAGAAGGCCAGCGAAGAUGACUCAUUCAUUGACAGUGAUGACGACGAUGAUGAUACUCAAGACGUUGACGUAGCGACUCUCAACGUGGUCACUCGUCCAAGACGAGCACUUCCACAACUCAAGUACUUUGCCUCUGAUGACAGUGGCGACGACUACACAUUCGAUGAGAGCGAAUAG